UUUUCUCACGCCUUGCAACCAUUUCAGCUAAAACAGAGAGAGCAAAUAUUAGAACAGAGCCUCAACAAACAGAACGAGCAGUAAACAGAGGAACGAGCCAUGGAUAUCACCGUUAAUGUCACUUCAUCGCUGACCAAUUCGCAGAGAAGAAUCUCCACGAAUUGGACAGUGGCGCAUCUGAAGCAAAGGUUGGAACAAAUCACCGGGAUACCACCACAGUCACAGGAGCUGUUGCUAUACCCCUUGCCCACCUCGUCUGAGAGUGUAUCCAUCGACAAGGAUGAUUCGUUGCUUAGUGGGUACGAGCUUCCAGAGGGCGCACGUAUCCAGGUUAACGAUACAAGGCCUGACUCUGAGCUGCGCGCGUUGGAAGACGAGGGCCGCCCGCACGAAGAGUACGUGAUGGAUGAUGAGGAGUACGAUAAGAGAACGGAUACGCUAAGGCACUGGAAGAGAGUCAACCAACUGGGGAAGUACGAUCCAUCGUAUACCGGCAAAUUGAACAAAUCUGUGCAGUUGAACAGCUCCAUUGCACAGAAUUUGACCGUUGGUUCGAGGUUUCGUACUGUGAAUGAUACGCAUGACGAGAGGAGAGGAAUCAUACGGUUUAUAGGGAAAGUACCAGAGAUUGAUCAAGGGCUACAAACGUGGUGUGGCGUGGAGUUUGACGAGCCACUCGGUAAGAACGAUGGUUCCAUCAAAGGUGUCUACUACUUCAAUUGCAACCCGGGUUAUGGGAGCUUCCUCAAACCACAACAGAUUGAGCAAGGCGACUUUCCAGAGCUGGAUCCAUUCGGCAGUGAUGACGAGAUAUAGCUGUGCUGUGUAUUAGCUUCAAUUGCGCUUAUAGCGUACAGACACUGCCGAGGAAUCACAGGCAUUCAAGCCCAACAGGGCAAUGUACUGUGCUUGAGAUAUAAUA